AUGGGCCCCUAUACCGCCUCCUCAUGCUGCUGCCAGGUCCAGAGUCUCUCAUGGGCCCCUAUACCGCCUCCUCAUGCUGCUGCCAGGCCCCUAAUCUGCCAUGGGCCCCUGUACCGCCUCCUCACACUGCUGCAAGGUCCACAGUGUCUCAUGGGUCCCUGUACCGCCUCCCAUUGCUGCUGCAGGCCCCUAAUCUGCCAUGGGCCCCCGUACCGCCUCCUCAUGCUGCUGCCAGGCCCCUAAUCUGCCAUGGGCCCCUGUACCGCCUCCUCACGCUGCUGCCAGGUCCACAGUGUGUCAUGGGUCCCUGUACGGCCUCCCAUUGCUGCUGUCUCCAUCGCCACACUCUGCCAUGUGCCACUUUCAGGUCUCCUCACACUCCUGCUGGUUUCCAUUUUGUCAUAGGUUGCUGGCAGAUUACAGGCCUCCCAUAGGUGCUGCCAGGCCCCAAAUCUUGCCAUGGGCCCCCAUUAACCGCCUUGUCACGCUGCUGCUGGGUCCCCGUACCACCUCGUCACGCUGCUGCUGGUUCCACAGUGUGUCAUGGGUCCCUGUACCGCCUCCCAUUGCUGUUGUCUCCAUCGCCACACUCUGCCAUGUGCCACUUUCAGGUCUCCUCCUCACACUCCUGAUGGUUUUCCAU